UCAUAUUGUUUUAUUUCGUGCUUGCAUCAGAAAAAGAAAAAUAAAAAGUUUUAAAACAUAGUUCAUAUCUUUUGCAUAUUUGGUUUUAAUUGUUGCAUCUUAAAGAAAAUUCAAAAAAAUCAGCAUUAUUUGUUUCCAUAUUUUCUUUCCAUUUGUUUCUCAUUACAUUCCAUUGUAAUUAAUUUCGAGCUUGCAUCCAGAAAACCAAAAGAAAAAUAAUUUUUUGCAUAGUUUAUUUCAUUUUGGUUCAGAAUUGCAUAUUUUCUCGGUUUAGUUUAAGUGUCAUUAUUGCAUUUGAUUUAUUUUGGUUCAACCAGAAUUUCUCUAUUCUUCACUUGAUCUUUGAGAUUGUUUGCAGGAAGAAAUGGGAGUGAAAGAACAAGGCCAAACUAUGGAGGCCACACUGAACCAACAAUUUGCAGCUCUACAAAAGCUCAAAAAUGAGACUGCUCGGUUGGAGAAAGGAACCAAAACACUAGGCCAACGUCCACAGCCAGGAAAAAGAAGAUUUGGAGAUGUAUCAGAGGCUGUCUAUGUCGAGCCUAAGCCACCAGAUCCUUCAAGGAUCAAUCAUACUCCAAUUUCUAAAACCCACAACCAUCAUGUUGUUAAUUCUCGGUUUGAUUAUAACUCUUUUGCUGAUAAAGUUGAACUCUUUAAAUUUUCAGGAAAAGAAGGUUAUCUUAGAUGGGAAAGAAACCUUGAUAAGUGGUUUCACUACAACAACAUCCAGAAAAAGGAGAGGUUGUCUUAUGCCAUUGAUCAACUAAAAGAUGAAGCUUUUAAAUGGUGGGUACAAGAAGUAGAUGAUAGGUGGUUUUACAAGGAGCCAACUAUCAAAACGUGGAGAGAUCUUAAGGUAAUCAUGAGAUAUGAGUUUGCACCAGAGAUUAAGAGUUCUGAUAUCCAGGAAAUAUAUCCAAGGAGAUAUCAAACUCAGGGUUCCAAAGAAGCAAGGAAAGAUGUAGCACAAGAAGGUCAAAGAGGCUUGCUUCAGCAAGACAAAUUUCAGCCAAACCAGGGGCACGCCAUUGUCCAUUGUUUAGACCAGAAGAGUGACAUCACAAAGGCCACGGAGAUAAGUAGAAGUGUCAGCAAAAACACUUUGAUCAGAACCAAAGCAAAACCAAUGCUAGAUACUAUGCAAGUAAAGGCUAAGGUAAGUCCUACACAUGAUAAUUUGGUUCAUGAAUCAUCUACCACUUGUAUGAUGCACUUGUCUUUGUCCAAGAGUAUUAAUACAUGUAUUAAAGAGCAAGAAUUCAAAGGAGAUGAACCACCAGGCGUGAAUCUUGUGAGGGACCAGAAGAUAGUUCAAGACACAAAGCAGUCCAUGAUGCUUAAUAAAGCAAAAACAGUAUUAGAAGUAUCACACCAAGGUAAGUGUUUAACACCAUCUUUAGAUGCUAACACUGAUGUGUGUGUACUUGGAACAGGGAGUAAAAAUGAAAGCUAUAUGCUUACUAAGGAACCAGACCAUAAGGUAAGUCAUGAACCAUCUCACAUGAGGAAACCAAAAUCUGAACAAUUGAUUGUUCAAAUUCCAAAACCUAUGGUAAGUUUCAUUUUUGAUCAGCAUGUUCUUAAUAUUUCCAUGAAGAGAUUAAUGCACUUGUCUUGUCCAAGAGAAUGUGAAAUAUUUUCAGGAACCAAGGGGGAGUACACAGCCCAAAAAGAAGAAACACAAUCCAUGAAGUUACAAGAUGCUGAAUCAAUGCCAUUAGAAUCAGCCCCAAUGAUGAAUAGAACUGAGGCUACCAGAAGUGUGGAGUGCCAUCAACCUCAGAAGAGAUGCAAUGCCAAAGUACAUAGCAGAGGCGUGAUCCUAUCAUAUCUGCUGAAAGAAGAACCACCUGAUGCACAGCCCAUCCCCAAACCGAAACAAUACCAAGGAUAUAAAGUUUCGAGGUCGAAACCUUGUCAAGAUGGAGGAGAUGUUGUGGUCACAAAAUCCAUGGUUCGACCAGAGUCUCAUCAAACCUUCCAAACCGGCCACUUUGGAGAUACCAACGACAUAGGUCCAAUCCCAGGCGAAUAUCUCAACAACCAGAAGGUCUUUUGUCAUGAAUCCAAAUUUCCUAGAAGGCCAAUUCAUCAAGGAUUCACUGAGGCUUGGAAUUACAAGAAACUCUUCACGGAGGAAGAAGUUAUGAAUUUUACAAACCGGAGGUUCUCCAGCCAGUCCAUCUACGAGCACCAGACUUUAGAAGAUGAUUUCAGCCCAACCAUGAAGAGGCCCUUUCCAGAAUCAAUCAUGGGCUUCAAGAGGGAUUCAUUAUCUAUCCAUAGAGUCCGGAAUCAGGCGAAUUGGUUCAGGGAAUACCAAGAUACAAUCAAUUUCCCAAAACCAGUCAAACUGACAUUAAUUUGGGAAAGUUGUCAACCAAUUCGAUUUGGUCCAUACCAGACUUAUCUACGGAGUCCAGGAGACCAUCUUAACCAUCCAGAAGACAUUUAAGACGUCCUCAGCUGCACCAGCACCGAGGAGAUCAGGAGGAUCUUCAUUUGCACCAACCUUCCAUUUUUGGCAGCAUUGACACUAAAUGCCUUAAAUGAGUUUCUUCUUGAAAUCUUGCAAGACCACCGGCCAUAUUCUACAUUAAGAAGAUUCAGAGACACAUCAGGAAGACUUCAAGAUCAUGGCCACGUUCAGAAGCUAUCAAGAUACAAGUCCCCACAAGUUUCCCAUUUGGAAGAAAGCAUAAAUCAAGCUAGAGGAAGAUUCCAUGGAGCCAUCAAAGCCCUUGCUUCCAAGAUUUUUAUUUCAAGUUUAUUUCUUUCCUUUAGUCAUUUUUAGACUGUUAGAGAGUCCCAAGGUCGAGCCUAUAUAAGCUCAUUUAGUUUGUCUUUGUUAAU